AUGGUAAGCGUCCUGUUUGUUUGUUUAGGCAACAUUUGCCGUUCUCCAAUGGCUGAAGCUGUCUUUGCUUAUACUGUAAAAGAAAAAAAGCUACAAGACCACUUUAGCAAGAUUGACUCAGCAGGAACUGCUGCAUACCAUGUUGGAGAAUCACCCGAUAGUCGUAGUUCAGCUUGUUGCCGUUCCCAUGGGGUACCUGUGAAUCAUCGUGCUAGAAAGGUAUCAAGACAGGACUUUGACGAAUUUGAUUAUAUUCUGUGUAUGGACAAGUCGAAUUUGAAAGACUUGAAGACAAUGGCUCCCUCGGGUUCCAAAGCAGUGAUCAAACUUUUUGGAGAAUAUGAUCCUCAAGGCGAGCUGAUUAUUGAGGACCCUUAUUAUGGAGGAAACGAUGGAUUUGAACAUAAUUUUAAGCAAGUCGUCCGUGCUAGUGAAGGGUUUUUAAAAUCGCUUGAGUUGAUUUAG